GUGCCGCAAGGUGCGCCGCAAGGCCGACGGCAAGAUCUUGGUAUGGAAGGAGCUGGACUAUGGCGCCAUGACGGAGUCGGAGAAGCAGAUGCUCGUGUCGGAGGUGAACCUGCUGAGGGAGCUGCGGCACCCGAACAUCGUGCGCUACUACGAUCGCAUCAUCGACAGGAGCAGCACCACCCUGUACAUCGUCAUGGAGUACUGCGAUGGGGGAGACCUGGCCAGCCUGAUCGCCAAGUGCGCCAAGGAAAGGCAUUUCUUGGACGAAAGCUUUGUUCUCCGGGUGUUGACUCAAUUAACACUGGCCUUGAAGGAGUGUCACCGGCGGAGCGAUGGUGGAGUCACUGUGCACCGUGACCUGAAACCAGCAAAUGUCUUUCUAGAUGGCAAACAGAAUGUGAAGCUUGGAGAUUUUGGACUAGCUAGGAUAUUGCACCAUGACACCAGCUUUGCCACAACCUUUGUUGGCACUCCAUAUUACAUGUCUCCAGAACAAAUGAAUUACAUGUCAUACAAUGAAAAAUCUGACAUCUGGUCACUAGGAUGCCUCAUGUAUGAAUUAUGUGCUCUCUCGCCUCCAUUUACAGCUUGCAACCAAAAGGAACUGGCAGAAAAGAUAAGGGAAGGGAGGUUCAGGCGAAUACCAUAUCGUUACUCAGAUGAGCUGAACAGCCUUCUCAGGGAGAUGCUGAAUGUAAAGGAUUACUGCCGACCUUCUGUUGAAGAUAUUCUGCAGCACCCCUUGAUAGAAGCUGUGGUGACAGAAGAACAAAAACAGAAUUUUGAUAAAAGAGGUUUGAAACCAUGGGAGCCAGAAAGGGUGCAAUACUCAGAAGCUGCAAUGAAUGAGCUGAAACGGAAGGAGCAACAGUUACAGGAGCGAGAGCAAGCCAUUAAAGAGAGAGAACAACGUCUGGAGCAGAGAGAACGGGAACUCUGUGUUCGGGAGAGACUGGCAGAGGACAAACUUGCUAGAGCUGAAAGCCUGCUGAAGAGAUGCAAUCCCCGCCCGAUGUCGCAGGAGGUAUGCGCGGAAGGUCCAGAUAACGCACUCGCGCUUCCCUUUUCUUCAACCAAGAAGAGCUCACUGCUUGAUGGAAGUCAAGAGAAAGCUGUGCCUCCUCAUAAUAUGGAAAACUAUUUCCUUUCCAAAGGGAAAAACUCUGAUCUCAAAAGCCGUCUCUAUGCUGCAAAUCUACGGGCUCAAGCACUGGCUGAACUGGAAAAAAGCUAUCAACUAAAGAGCAGACAAAUCCUGGGCAUGCGUUGAAACUGUAACAUAUAUUUAUCUUUGAAAAGAAGAUUAAAUGUAUAGGCAGAUACUUGUGCCUCCCUCUCUUAAGCUAGAACCUACUGAAAAAUUAUUUUAACAGUUGUACAAACUCUUAGUUUAGACAGGUAGUUUAUGAUAAAUGCAUAAUAUGCUAUAUUAUGAGAAUAGGUACUUUUGAUACAAAAU